AUGUAUUCCUCUCCAAAAAAAUCAGAUGUGUCUGAAUCCGAGACUCAUCAAGGGGAAUACAAGAACAGCUCAUCAAGAAAUAAUUUGAAUUUUAAUUAUUCUUUUGAGCAAAACCAGAAUAAAAACAUGUCUGUGGGACAUAAUAAGAAUGAAAACAUGUUGAAUGAUUUUGUACCCAAUAUAGGAAGUAACCUUAUUUCAAAUAGUAGCUCCUUUAAUAAUAAAUUGGAGAUUUCAAAUAAAAUUUUACAUAAUAGUAAUAAUAAGGUUAAUCAAAACAAUAAGGAUAAAGAAUAUUACAAGGAUAAUAUAAAUAAUACCAAUACAUCCUUAAAUUUCAAGGUUGAUUGUAAGAAUAUGUUACCUUGUAUAGAAAAUACAAAUACUUCUUUAAAUAGGGCUAAUCAAAAUCAUUUCGAUAAAAAUGAAGUGAGGGCUGUGCCCAUUAAUGAUGUUGCCAAAAAGGUAAAUUGUUUUGAAGGUAUAUAUGAAUCGAAAUCAAUAAGAAAUAACGUGCAAGAAGAGGGACAUUUAGAUAAUAUAAAGAAAAACUCGAAUGAAAAACAUAUAUUAAUUAAUCAUAAAAAUGUGAUGGAACAUAUAAACUCAAAAGAAGAAAAUAUAUUAAGAUACCCAUUUAUUUUAAAUGGAGAAAAAUUAUUAAACAUCGAAACGAAUGUGGUGGUAAAUAUUUUAAAUAACAAAAAUAUGUCAAAGAAAGAAUUUGAAUUAAUUAAGAUUAAUGAUAUGUUUUAUCAAAAUAAUAGAUCUAACGAAAAUAAGGAGAAUGACUUAGUUGUUUUAAAUGAUCCAAAAAAUGAUGGUAUAUAUAUAGAUUUGUCUUUAAAUAAUGAUACACAUACGAACUUCGAGACUUUUGAACUUAGCGGGAAAAUAAUUAGUGAUAUAUAUAAUGUAUUGAAAAAAAAUGUUUUACAAAAGAUAAGAAAUAAUACAAAAUAUAAUUCUGCAAGAAAUGAGUUAAAAGGUUAUCAUACAAAUGAGACGAACUUACCAUCUAAUGGUCCUUUUACGAAUAAGGCUCUUAUUACAUCUGCUUUUUCUAAAAACGAAGAUUACAUAUCCUUAAAUAAUAAUAAUAAUAAUAAAAUAUAUAAAGAAAUAAUAUAUGAUUAUAUUAAAAAAAAUGGAAUAUGUCCAAAUAUAGAUAAUACUUUAAUGUUAGUUGAGGAUUCAUUAAAAAGAGCUAUAGAGAGACAAAGGAAUUUUUUUAGACUUUCGAAAUUUUUUUUUAAUAAAUAUAAAAACAAAGCUUAUAAACAUUUAUUAAAACAAAUAAAUAAAAAAGUUACAAUAAAAUAUGAUAAGAACACUAUAUUAUCUACUGAAGAAUUUGAAUGUAAUUCAACAAUAUCUGAAGUUGUAGGAUUUGAUGAAAAUGAUUUAAAAAGAGAAUUAAAGUUCUAUCAGAUUAGAUCUUAUGAUGAUAUGGAUUUUUACAUAUUAAGGAAUCAAAAUAAGCUUCACAUUCAUGAUUAUAAAUGUGUAAAGUCUAUAUAUUAUAAUAAAACAUAUUUUCUUUUAUAUUGUCCAAAUAAUGAUGAGGAGGACAUUUCAAAAAACCCAUUUUAUUGUUCCAAAAAAUAUAAAAAUAAUCACCACCAAAAUGAUGAACGACAGAUUGAAAAUUUUGAAACAAACAAACAAAUAAUUAAUGAUAAUCAAAUGUAUUAUAGAAAAAAUGAACAACGUGUGUAUACUUCUUUACACAAGAAAAAUCAUAUUGAAUUUAGAGAUAUUAGUGUUCAGUGGAGUGAUAAACAAUCCAAUAAUGAUAAACUAAAUAACGAUAGCAGUAUAAAUAUUGAUGAAGAGUAUACUCCUUAUACUAUACCUAAAUUAAACAAAGAGGAAUUUAUAAAUUUAGGUGAUAUAAAAGACUGUAGCAUAUCAGAGUACAUGUCACGUUAUAUGAAAAAUAAUGGAAAUGAUAAGGACCAUAAGUUUGAUAUAAAUCAAAAUAUGAAUGGUAGACAUGUUUGUGAUUAUCCAAAUUCUAGUUCCAAUAAUCACAAGAAAUAUAAUUGGAAAUAUCUACAUAAUUUAGAAGAAUAUAAUAGAAAAAGUUAUUGUGAAGAAGAAAAAUCAACAGAUAAUUAUAUUCAACAUAGUACAUCAGAUAUAUUAUAUUUGGAUAAUAAAAUUCAAGGUUCUUAUAUAAGAUCCAAAUGUAUAGGAAGAAAUAUGUUUAAUAAUCUCUACCUUUAUCAUACUAAUCCAAUGAGAUAUCUACCUCACUACAAUAAUUUUGAUUCUUAUAUGAAUAUGAAUAAUCUACAUUGUUUUUAUGAUCCUUUAUCAUAUUAUAUGUUAUAUGAACAUAACAAAAUGAAUCUUAAGAGAUAUAGAGAGCAUAUAGACAAUGGACACAUGUGUCAUAUGAAUUUAAAUGAUGAAGAAACGAAUUUUUAUAUGAAAAGAAGAAAUACAAAUGGGUACAAUACAAUGGAAGAUACUAGAAAUAGGAGUAACAUAUUUUAUAAUAAUAAUAAUGUGGAUGGGCAUCAUACUAUGUGUUUUUGUAAAAUAGAUGAGAAUAAUACAAAAGAAAAGAAUGUGGAAAAGAAAGUGAAAAAAAAAAUCAACAAGAAUGUAAAAAAUAAGGUAAAAAAUAAGGUAAAAAAGAAUGUGAAAAAGAAGGUAAAAAAGAAUGUAAAAAAAAAUAUGAAAAAAGAGAUAAAAAAUAACAUGAAUAAAAAGGUAACAAAGAACAUGAAUAAACAGGUAAAAAAGAAUGUGAAUAAAAAGGUAAAAAAGAAUGUGAAAAAGAAAGAUAAAAAUAACAUAGAAAACGAGUUGACAAAUAAAAUAAAAAAGUUCUUAAAUAAAAAGACACUAAUAAAAUUUAUUAAAAAAUAUUCAUUAUAUUCUUCUUCCCCUUCUUCUUCUUUGAAAACAGAUAAAUGUAACUGUGCAAAAAAAAAAUCCUUAAACACAAAUAAUGAAAGCAAUAAUUGGAAUCAAAAUUCUGAUAUGAAAAAUAAUGGAUCAUAUUCGAUAAAAUGUGGAAAGAAUUUUCAAAAGAAUAAAAUGAAUUAUAUCCAUUUGGAUAAAAUAAAAAUGGACAAGAAAACCAAAUGCAAACCUAUGGAUAAAAUGAAUUCCUAUUUCAAUAGACAAGCUAAAAAUAAACUAAAAGGAAAAGUAUGCUAUUAUACAAAUAAAUCCUUCUUAUUUUUGGUACGUAAUAUAUAUAGGAUACGUAAAAUGUGGAUUAGAGAAAAAAUGAAAAAAAGAAAUGAAAAGUUAUUAUUUUAUAAAAAAAAGACAAACAAAUGUAAAAAUAAUAAAAAACCAAAAAUAAAAAAUAAACAAAAACAAAAAAAAAAUAAUCCAAAAAAAAAAAUCUGUAAAAAAUCGAAAAACAAUAAAAACAUAAGUAAAAUAUAUAAAAAGGCUACUUCUUUAAAGAAAAAAAUAUUAACACAAGAUAAACCUGUACAAGUACAACAAAUUAUUAAUGAUUAUGAAAAUGAUGGUUUACAAAACUCUGAAAUGUCCAAUGUAAAACAGAGACAUAAUUAUAUUAAUGACGAUAUCGCAUAUAAUCAAAAUUCUAUAAGGAAUGAUAACACAAUAGAUGAAAAUAAUAAUACUAAAUAUAUAAAUAAUGUAGAAUUAAAUACCCAAGCAGAAAACAAUAGUUUGUAUCCUAUAACUACACAAAAAAUGGAUGACAAUAAAAUAUAUAAAGAAAAUGAAAAAGAGACAAAUGGAUAUGUACAACAAGAACAAUAUAAGGUUAUGAACAAUUAUGAAAAUGUUUCAAAAAAUAAUCAAGUUGAAUUGAAACAAAGUAGUAACGAAAAUAUGAUAAAUGAAAAUAAUUUAUAUCGUAUUAAUAACAAUAAUUCGGAAAAUAUAUAUCAAAAUUAUUCAAACAUAAGUUACCACAAUAAUAACCACAAUAAUAAUAAUAAUAAUAAUAAUAAUAAUAGGAUAGAAAUAAAUUUUGAUAGACAGUUGGAUGUAGAAAGUACAAAUAAAAACGUUAGCUUUUCAAGUUUUGAAAUAUAUGAUUCUUAUAAAAACAAGGAGUUACAAAAUGUUCCUUGUAUAGAUACUAAUCAGAAUUUUGUAUUAAAUGAUGAGGUACAUUAUAUGAACCAUAAAAAUAACACGAACAAAAUGGAUAAUAUGAAUAAUAUAAACAAAAUGGAUAAUAUGAACAACAUGAACAAAAUGGAACAUAUGAACAACAUGAACAAAAUGGACCAUAUGAACAACAUGAACAAAAUGGACCAUAUGAAUAACAUGAACCAAAUGGAUAAUAUGAAUAACAUGAACCAAAUGGACCAUAUGAAUAACUAUUAUUGUGAUGGAAACAAUAAUAUGCUAAUAUAUCAAAAUAACGAUAACCAUUCCAAUGAUUUUCAUCAACAAAGAGAAAUAUUAUUGAACCAAAGUAGAAUAAAUGAAAAUACUAGGAUACAUGAAUAUUCAUCAUCUCCUUAUGAAAAAAAGAAUUUAGAUAUACAUCCUUUACAUAAUUAUGCCAUAUCAAAUAAUAAUUUAAAUUAUGAUAUAAGAAAUUAUGUAGAAGAAGGUAUAGAAACUUCAAACUAUAAUUCUUUAGACUCAAAUUUUUCGAAUAUUAAAAAUGGAAAUUAUGUUCAUGAGAAUAUAGAGGAUUAUUCACAUAGAAGAAAUUUGUUCUUUUUGAAUAACCACAUGAAUGAAACAAAAGAACAUACUGAUUUUUUAAAGUAUGGAAAUAAGUAUAAUGUAGAUGUAGAUCAAAAUAUUAACAUAACAAAUAAUGAUACUAUGAAGUAUAACAAUAAUGAAUCUAAUAAUGUGCAUAAUAAUGUAGCUAAUAAUGUGCAUAAUAAUGUAGCUAAUAAUGUGCAUAAUAAUGUAGCUAAUAAUGUGCAUAAUAAUGUAGCUAAUAAUGUACAUAAUAAUGUGUCCAAUAAUUUGCAUAAUAAUGUAUUUAAUAAUGUACAUAAUAAUGUGUCCAAUAAUUAUUCUACAGAAUUUUUUAAAAAUACAAGUUGUAACUAUGUAGAUAAAAAUGUAAAUAACGGAAACAUAUUUUAUGGACACCAAAAUUUAAUACCUGAUAAUGAAAAGGUUUGCGAGGGAAAAAAUGUGAAUAUGGAAAUUGAAGAAAAUAUAAUAAAUGUGGUAAAAAAUAAUGAAAAUGAUAGAAUGUUCGAAAAUUUACCUUCAUUUAAUUUAAAAGAUGAGAAUGUGGACCAUACAUUAAAUUUUGAUGUAAGAAGUAGGCCUUUACCAAACGAACCAUUACAUUUUAUGAAUAUAAAUAAUGAUAAUAAUGAUAAUAAUAAUAAUAAUAAUAAUAAUAAUAAUAAUAGUAUACUCACAUGUAAUAAUAAUAGAUAUGAACAAAAUAUGUGUUACUUUCAUGAUGAUAAAUCAAAGGAAAAUGUAUCCUGUGGUGUUAUUAUAUCAGAAGAUGAAUUAAAUAAAAAUAUGAUAGAUAUGAAUAAUUACAAUUUCUAUUAUAGUUGUGGAAAAAACGAAAUAAGAAAUAUGAAUACAAAAGAGGUUACCAUAAUUAAACAAGAAAUAAUGACAGACAAUAAUUAUAAUGUAAAGGAUAUCAAUGAUCGUAAUAUGAAUAGAAUUAUUAUAAAUAACAAUGUACCUAAUCAGAAAGAGAUUGCUACCAAUGUACAUAAUAAUAUAUAUCCAAAUAGUAGAGUACAUUUACAUAAUCCCGUAAGACAAGUUUAUUUGGAAUCGAAUCAAUUAAACAUUGGUAAUUUUACAAAUGCAAGAAACAAUUCGUACGAAGAGGGUGUAGAGUUUUUGGUAAAUUUACAAAAUGAUUUAAAAAAAAAAUUGGAUUUGGAAUGUAUAAAUAAUAAUGAAAAGUUUGAUGAUAAUAACGAUGUUGAAGGUGAAGAUGUUGAAGAUGACGAUGUUGAAGAUGAUGAAACUGAAGAUGAUGAUGUUGAAGAUGACGACACUGAAGAUGACGAUGUUGAAGAUGACGAUACUGAAGAUGACGAUACUGAAGAUGACGAUGUUGAAGAUGAUUCUGAGGAUGAUGCUGAAGACGAUGUUGACGAUGAUGAUGAAGAUGAAAGAGGUAAUAAUCCCCAUGUAGAUAUGAAACGUAAUUAUAUGGUAAAAGAAUAUAAUAAUAUACAUCUAUAUGAAAAUAAUAAUUAUAUUGCUAAUUAUAAUGGGGGAAAUGAUAAUUCUGGAAAUUAUAAUAAUGAAAAAAAUUAUCAUGUAUAUAACUAUAAUAUGAAUGAUUAUUCUCAACAAAAUAAUAAUAUAGAGAACAAUAAUGUGAAUAAUUAUACUGAACAAAAUUAUAACAUGCAUAACAAUAAUAUGAAUAAUGAUAAUAUGGAAAAUUAUAAUAUGAAUAGUUGUAGUAUGAACAAUUAUAAUGUGAGUAAUAAUAAUAUGUAUAACUAUAAUGUGUAUAACUAUGAUGGUGGAAAUUAUAACAUGAAAAAUUUUAAUAAGGAAGAUAAUAAUAUGAACAACUAUAAUGUGGUAGAGAAUAAUUUGAGAAACUAUAAUAUGAACAACUAUAAAAUGGUAGAUAAUAAUAUGAACAACUAUCAUACGGUAGAUAAUAAUAUGAACAACUAUCAUACGGUAGAUAAUAAUAUGAACAACUAUAAAAUGGUAGAUAAUAAUAUGAGUAACUAUCAUACGGUAGAUAAUAAUAUGAACAACUAUAAUACGGUAGAUAAUAAUAUGAACAAUUAUAAUGUGGUAGAUAAUAAUAUGAACAACUAUCAUACUGUAGAUAAUAAUAUGAACAACUAUCAUACUGUAGAUAAUAAUAUGAACAACUAUAAUGUGGUAGAUAAAAAUGUGAACAACUAUAAUGUGGUAGAUAAUAAUAUGAACAACUAUCAUACUGUAGAUAAUAAUAUGAACAACUAUAAUGUGGUAGAUAAUAAUAUUAACAACUAUCCUACGGUACAUGGUAGUAUGAACAACUAUAACGUAGUAGAUGAUAGUAGGAACAACUAUAACGUAGUAGAUGAUAGUAGGAACAACUAUAACGUAGUAGAUGAUAGUAGGAACAACUAUAACGUAGUAGAUGAUAGUAGGAACAACUAUAACGUAGUAGAUGAUAGUAGGAACAACUAUAACGUAGUAGAUGAUAGUAGGAACAACUAUAACGUAGUAGAUGAUAGUAGGAACAAUUAUAAUGUAGUAGAUGAUAAUAUGAACAACUAUAAUAUGGUAGAUGAUAAUAUGAACAACUGUAAUAUGGUAAAUAAUAAUAUGAACAACUAUAUUAUGGUAAAUAAUAAUAUGAACAAUCAUAAUGCAGUAGAUGAUAAUAUGAACAACUACAUUAUGGUAAAUAAUAAUAUGAACAAUUAUAAUGUGGUAGAUGAUAAUAUGAACAACAAUAAUACGGGAAAUUAUAAUGUUCAUAAUAAUAAUAUGUAUAACUUUAAUUCUGAAAAUUAUAAUAUGAAUGGAUAUAACCAGAAUAAUAUAGGUGACAAUGGUUCUAAUAAUAAUGGGAUAUAUAAUAACACAAACGAGCAGGAAAAUGAUAACUACAUUUCUCAUCAAAAUGAAGUGAAUAACAAUAUUCAUAAUUCUUAUGAAGUGAAUGAACAAUCACCUUAUCAUAAUAAAAAUAAUUAUCAGGUAAAUAAUAUUUACUAUACAUAUAACAACGAAAGUGUGCAGGAUACAAAUUAUUCUACCAUGAAUAGGCAUAGAAUUAUAGAAACAUCUUACAAUGAAAUUCAUCGUAAUAUAUAUAGAAUAAAUGAUGAUAUUCGUAAUGGGAAUGUUUCUGUAGAAAUCUAUUCCAACAGGUACAAUAAUUGUCAAAAUUAUUGUAAUGAUAAUAAUGCACAUAACAAUACACAUAAUAAUACACAUAAUAAUACAAAUAAUAAUACACAUAAUAAUACAAAUAAUAAUACAAAUAAUAAUACAAAUAAUAAUACAAAUAAUAAUACAAAUAAUAAUACAAAUAAUAAUACACAUAAUAAUACAAAUAAUAAUACAAAUAAUAAUACACAUAAUAAUACAAAUAAUAAUAGACAUAAUAAUAGACAUAACAAUAGACAUAAUAAUUCACAAAAUAAUUUACUGAUUAAUGCACAAAAUAAUACAAAUGAACUUGUGUAUAAAAUAGUGCGUUUAAUCAUAGGAAUUACAUCAAAUUUAACACUGUUGCAAAAGAUUCUAGUAUUACAAACAGAAGCAAUGAGGAAUAUAGAAGAGGGGUAUUAA